CUCUAUUGCCGCUUGCCGCACACGUGUUUGUACCGCAGCACAUUUCUCAUUUCAUUUUCCUUCAAAUAAUUUUGAUACGGAAUAUAAAAUACAAUGGCGGAAGAAACUGUAAAUGCAGAGGUAACUGCCGAAGUCAAGGAAGUGGAGAAGAAAGCUGAGGAAGCUGUUGAGUCCGAAGCCGGCAAAAAUGGUGAUGUUAAAAAAGAUGAAACAGAGAAUCCGGCGGGCGAAAACAGCAAGCAGGAGCGCGCAAUUAUUCGGCAAGUUGAAUACUACUUUGGAGAUGCCAAUUUGCAUCGUGAUAAGUUCCUUAGCGAACAAAUUACAAAGAACGAGGGCGGUUGGGUGCCACUCUCAGUGCUGGUCACAUUCAAACGUUUGGCAUCGCUCUCGACAGACUUCGAGGAAAUUGUGAAUGCAUUGAACAAAUCUGAUGAGGGCCUCGUGGAAGUCAGCGAGGACAAGCAGAGUGUGCGUCGUCACCCCGAACGCCCAGUUCCUGAGCAUAACGAGGAGCGUCGCAAGGAGAUUCAGGAGCGUACAGUUUACGCUAAAGGCUUCCCAUUGGAGUCACAAAUGUCAGAGAUUCUCGAUUUUGUCAGCCCAUACGAUAAGGUUGUCAAUGUGACAAUGCGUAAGCAUUACGACAAACCCACCAAGUCGUACAAAUUCAAGGGCAGCAUUUUCGUCACAUUCGAGAAGAAGGAGCAAGCCAAAGAAUUCCUUGAAAAGGAGAAACUCGCUUACAAAGAACGCGAGCUGCUGCGCAAGUGGCAGAUUGAUUAUCUAAAGGAGAAGCAGGAGGAAUAUCAAAAGAAGAACGAAAAACGUAAGAACAAGAAGGAGGCCAAACCAGAGCCCGAAAUUGAAUUGCCUAAAAACGCGAUCGUUGUCUUCGAGGGAGCCCCAGACACUGUCACACGUGAGGAAAUACGCGAGGCUUUUGAAAAAGUCAAGGACUUUGAUAUUGCCUAUAUUGAGUUCAACAAGGGCGACACAAAGGGCUCUGUACGUCUUACGGAGGCGGAUGCGGCCGACAAAUACAUUGCCAAAGUGGAGGACGCUAAGCUGAAAUUCAACGAUGAAGUCUCUCUCACCCUGCGUAAGGCGACCGAAGAGGAGGAGAAAGAGUUCCUAGACAAGGCGAUUGAGUUCAUGAAGAAGCGUCGUGACUUCUCACGUGGCAAGAAUAACAAACGCUUCGGACGCAAGCGUCACGGCGGUCACGACAACAAAAAUAACAACAAAAAGCAACGCUCAGAGUAGCGAGUCCCUCACCUGAAUGAAAUUGAAAAACAAAAAAACAAAAAAGAAAAAAUGUUAGCUCUAGUUGUUAGCUCUAAGCGACCGCGUUUUGUGACAUCCAAUUGCAACUAUUAAUAGUUUUCCAAUAACGUAAGUCUCAGAUCCGAGUAUCUGAGAAAUAUGUAUAGUUUACAUAAUAUGAGACGAACUCUAAUUUAUUUUAAAUUACUGAA